AUUUUAGAUGGAAGCACGAUUGUAGCAUUAUCUAAGUUUGCAUUUAUAUAUUGUUACGCUAUCUGUAAUAUGAAGUAAAGUAUGGACUGUCAGCUAAACCAGUUUUAGUAUUUAAAAGAUAUACUUAACGAAUACUCGGCGUAAGCAGCAAUAUUUUAAUUGUUGUAAACACAUUUUCUGAGAUAGUGAAAUUUAUAAAACCUUUACCUACUGAUUUUAUCAGUGAGAGUUAAUAUGGGUGAAUGUGAAAUAAACGAUUUAAAUAGUGUUAAGAAGAAGUUACAUGAAUUGGCAGUACUUCAGACAGAAAAUACGACCAAAGGCAAUUCUAAAAUAUACUCAGUCAACAAAGAACAUUGGUUUAAGAAAUUUCCUGAUAUCAAGAGAGAAGUUAUAGAGGAAAUCAAGCAAAUCGAAAGUUUGAUUGCAAAUUUGGACGGUCCGAAUAGUUUUGUUAAAAGUAAUUUUAAAAAUGUAUUAGUUCCUGUUGUAUACGACGCUCUGUAUUAUAUUUUUGUCCAUUCGGAUGAAAAUUUUCGACAAAAUAAUUUUAACGAUAUAAAAGAAUAUUUUUAUAAUUGUAUAAAUAAUAAUGGUUCAUUUACAAAAAUUGCAUACGAACACCAGAUUAAGAUACUUCUGCCUGUAGUUAAAUUUGAUGUGUGCAACGAUAUACUUCAAAAUACUGGACGCGAAGUUCGGUUAAAAGACCUUCUAGAUAACUUAAAACUCUUCUUCCAAUAUCCAAGAAUACACAAGGAAGACGUUUAUGUCAUUAUAAGAAAUAAACUGAAAUCAAGCCGUUACAAAUUGAUUUCAUAUGAACUAAUCCAAUUGACAGAGAGGAAUGGGCAUUUGGGUGAAUAUUUUAGUUUAAAAACUGAUCUAGAAUUUGGAAACAAGAUAGAACAUUUUAAUUUCUUUGUGAAAUUUCUCUUCUCCGAAAAAGAGCAUCUCCAAAAAGCUAUAGAAAACGGAUGUUCCAAAAAAGAGGAAUUUUUCUACAUGACAUACUUACCGUUGCUCAAUGAAUAUGGUCUUGGAAGUCUUCAAAAUUUCGCACCACAAUGUUAUUUGUCCAGGGAAAAUGACCUUCUUGUUCUAGAUAAUUUAGCUACAGCGGGAUAUAUAGGUGUUACUCCUAACACAAAUUUGGAUUAUCACAGUUUAAGCUUGGCAAUUUCAAAAUUGGCACAUUUUCACUCAUCUUGUAUUAUUCUAGAGGAACUCUGGAAUAGAAAUGAUAUAAAUUCAAUUCAAUUCAGGGAGUUUUAUAGUGAAUAUCUUAAUGAAGUUGUUUUAAUAGACAGUAAAGAUCAUUUUAUGGCCCAAAGUUUCGAUAGAUCUCUUGAUAAUGUAUUGUAUUUGUUAGAAAAGUUCCCUAAUUUAUAUGGUGAGUUCAUUCUUAUUGAAUUACAGGAGAAAAUAAAAAAGGGCUGGAAAUUAAUGUUCGAAAGAGUUAAAGAAUCUAAACAAUUUCGUAAUGUAAUAUGCCACGGAGAUAUGCAUGUGGGCAACAUGUUAUUAAAGUACGAUGGUAAUAUCUGUGAGGACAUCGUACUUGUCGACUUUCAGGGACUAAGGUAUUGUCCACCCGUUCACGAUUUACUGCUCUUUAUUUCAAAUUGCUCUAAAGAAACUAGGGAUACAUACUUAACUAAACUAACUGAAAAGUAUUAUGAAAUUCUGUCUACUAAUUUAGGAAACUUUGGUAUUAAUAUCGAUACUAUUUUAUCAUAUGAAGAUUUCAUUAAAAGUAUGGAAUAUAUGAGAGUUCAAGUUAUAACUCAUUCAUUUUUUUAUUCUUUAAUCCUAAAAAUAGAUCCUAAAUCUAGAGAAGAAAUCUUUUUUGGUGGAAAAAAGCCCAAAAAAUUGUUUGAUAGGGGAGACCUUGUUGAGAUAGGAUUAGAAAGUGACGAAUAUAAAAAGGCUUUGGAAGGACUUUUAGUUGAAUUUAUAGAAUUAUGUAAAAAUAGUUAUCUAUAAAUUAUUCUAAUUUAUUUGUUUAGCUUUCAGUUUAGUUUAAUUUUUAUGUCUAAUAUUAAUAUUUAAAUUUAAAUUUUAUGCUGUUUAUACAUUUUGUAUCUAAUAUUUAUAGGUUAUAAUAUUUUGUAAUUUAAAGAUAUAUGAAGAUAUCCUAGAUUUAUUAGAACUGUUCUAUUUAUCUAGUUAUUACUUUAUAUAAUAUGUGACUAAUUUUGUAUUUCU